CUUUUGAGCGUGGACUAUGGCGGAAAUGCUUGACAUUGUGCAGCCGGGCUAAGUGUGCAUGAGGUGGAUGGUGCGCCGGGGCGAACCCAAAAUAUUUAACAGUAGCGUUAGCUUAGCCAUUAGCCACCUCCAUAGGCCUGCUUCGGAUGAGAGAGGGCAUUGAACAUUUCAGCGCUGCCGGCCACGGGGGAGAAGGGGCACAUUGCGACCGCCGAGUCCGCCGAGGCUGGUCUAGGUUCGUGUACUCGAAUGUCACUUGACGGCACGUAAACAGCAACAGACCGUCGCCCUCGCCCGGGUACCACCGGGUUUCGCUGCCAUCCCGUGUCGCCCCCCUCCCGUCGCCUCCCGUCGGCUUCGGUGCCAGCACGCAGUGGAGCACUCCCGGCGGACAGACCGGCACACGGCGCGGUCAACCCGGUGUGUUGAGGAGCUCCUUGUCGUUUCCCCCCUUAUCCCGCAUCCUGUCCCGCUGAAACAUUUCUGUGCAGAGGGAGCCUAUAUAGUCGGGGACACUCCUUAGACCCUUUGGUGGUGUGCGUAGGCGUACCAUGGCCCAGACCCUCCAGAUGGCGAUCCCAAACUUUGGCAACAACGUUUUAGAGUGUCUGAAUGAACAGCGGCUGCAGGGCCUCUACUGCGAUGUCUCCGUGGUAGUCAAGGGCCAUGCCUUCAAGGCUCAUCGAGCUGUUCUGGCUGCUAGCAGUUCUUAUUUCCGGGACCUUUUCAGCAGUAGCAGCAAUGGUGGAAGUGGUAGCAGCAAUGAGACCAGCCCAACCGUGGUGGAGCUCCCGCCAGCAGUGCAGCCUCAGAGCUUCCAGCAGAUUUUGGCUUUCUGCUACACAGGCCGUCUCAGCAUGACGGUGGGGGACCAGUUUCUCCUCAUGUAUACCGCCGGCUUCCUGCAGAUCCAACAGAUCAUGGAAAAAGGCACUGAAUUCUUCCUCAAGGUCUCCUCCCCCAGCUGUGACUCCCAGGGCCUUCAUGCAGAGGAGGCCCCACCCUCUGAGCCCCAGAGUCCUGUAACACAGACCAGUAACAGUGCAGCCCGGCCUGCCUCCUGCCUGACGCCGCUUCCUCUGGUAUCACGAGUGAAGACGGAGCAGCCAGCUAGCCAGCCGGAAGCAGCCACUCCUUAUUCGGUGGUGUGCACCCCUGUAGCCAAGCGGUUGUGGGAAGGCAGCAGCAGCCGAGAUGGAUGUGGGGUAGGCUCAGGGGGAGGGGGGGGGGCCAGGAAGGCAGCCCGUUAUUCCCAGGAGGCGGUGCGGGGCAGUGCCAUCCAGAGCCCCGGAGCCCUCGGACUGGCCAUGGGUAUGGGUGCUACCGCAACCAGCCUUGCAGGCAUGGUGGCAAGUGGUGGGCUUAGUGGCAAUGCCAGCACCAACGGGAGCUCGGCAGCAGGACUCGGCAUGUCAGAGGGCGCCAGCCCUGGCACCCUGAGUACCUACGCUAGUGACUCACCCAUCAGCUACCAUGAUGAUGAAGAAGAGGAAGAGGGGACAGAUGAAGGAGCUGAAGAGCAGUAUAGGCAAAUCUGCAACAUGUAUACCAUGUACAGCAUGCUCAACAUGGGAGCUGCAGCUGCUGGUGAGCGUGUUGAGGCUCUACCAGACCACACAGAGACACGGGGUCGAAUGCGAGGCCGAGAUCUUACGUGUCUUCCUGCAGAACUCAUCGCUCAGAUAGGCAACCGCUGUCAUCCCAAACUGUACGAGGAAGGAGACCCUGCUGAGAAACUAGAGUUAGUCUCAGGUACCUCUGUGUAUAUAUCACGAGCCCAGCUAAUGAACUGUCAUGUGAGCGCAGGGACCAGACACAAGGUGCUGCUGAGGAGGCUGCUGGCCGCCUUCUUUGACAGGAAUACUCUAGCCAACAGUUGUGGAACAGGCAUUCGCUCAUCCACCAACGACCCGAGCCGCAAGCCCCUGGACAACAGAGUGCUGCAUGCGGUCAAAUUUUAUUGCCAGAACUUUGCCACCAGCUUCAAGGAGAGCGAGAUGAAUGCCAUCGCAGCAGACAUGUGCACCAACGCCCGGCGUGUUGUCCGUAAGAGUUGGAUCCCCAAGCUGAAGCUACUGAUGGCUGAGAGCGAUGCCUACUCCGCUUUCCUUCCCGACGGUGUCAAGACGGAGGACGACACCCUGGGACCGGAUCAAGCAUUCGACCCCGCCUCUCUGGAGGCCACGGGCGGUGCUGGCAUGGAGUCAGGUGGCUCUUCAGGUGAAUCACUACAAGGUGUGGGCGGGGACGGAGGACCGUUAUUUUGAACAUUGUGUCUGGGGAAGGUUGAAAUUUGGUGAGACACAUACCAGUAUUCCCCAGUUCUGCUUGCCUCCUCACUCUUUGGCCCACGCUGAUCUCUCACAUUUGACUGUCUAUACUACACUGCUGGGGUCAACGGUCGUUGCUACCCUGAUGUAACCAGGACGUGAAAACUUAAAUUUUUGCUUUAUGACUGUACAAUGGAGUUAGUCGAGGAAAGAGAGAGAGUUAGUUUUCUCCUAACUGCCCUCUGCCUCCCCUUGUCUUUUUAAGGUGUGUAAACGCAUCCACUGUUGCAUAUUAAAUACAUUCCCUGACGUUUGGAUGGUGGGUGGAGUUACCGUUGCAGCCUGGAGGAGGAGGAAGGGGAUGGCUGAUGGACAGACUAGGAGUGGGGAGUAUAUUGAAUGUAGGUGUCAGUGGCAUUUUUCUCUAUGCAAGCCUGACAACUUGUAUUCCAGCCUCGGGAAAUGAAAUAAAUUUAAAAUAGAUACAUUAUUAAAAUAAAUUAACACUACCUGUUCUCCUUCCCCUUCCAUCUACCACUCAUCACCCUGCAAGUAUUUUUCACCCCACCUCACCUCUCUUGAGACCAGAGAAUCUCACCUGAGUGUUUCACUGUGCGGUGUCUUAUAGAGAUAAUUCUCAUCUUUCUGUUAACUAAAUUUUUAGCAUGUUUGUCUAUAUACUGAAAAGUGAUCCAGAGAGAAGGGGAAAAGCUUUUUACUGAGAUGAUUGUAAAGAAAACUGAAGGGCAACAGGUAAUCAAAGAUGGUCAUAUUUUUAGAAGACAAACUAUAUUUAUACAAGUGCCCAUGCCUAGAAUGGCGUGAGUGAAGAGAGUGAGAGGGAUUGUUUUAAAAUCUCGAUCUUCAUGUUUUAUUGAAAGAGGUCUUGUCAAACAAGGAGAAGUGCUAUUUUUGCAGAAAAAAGGAGUAUCAUAAAGCAGUCUUAUCAUAGGACCCAUAGUCAUUUAUUUUUAUCUUUAUUUUACAGUGCAGAGUGAUGGAAUGAGCAGUUGAACUGCUAAAUUUGAAGCAUUUCAUCCUCUGUUCACUAGCUUAAAAGGAAUAAUAAGACUGAUUCAGCUGGCUUGACUGUUGUCUAUGAUAACCAUUUCCUGUUAGGUUAUGAACCUGCAACGUUUGUCUCCUUUGAUAAAACACUGGCCCACAAUUUUGAUGAUUACUUUUAGAAAACCAGUAAGUGUAUUGUAGAAAUAUAAAGGUUAUAGUGAUCUGACAACUCAGCUAGUUUAUUUCUUUGUACUAAAAUUAAUUAAAAGGAAAAAAAAAAA